AUGGAUGCUACCUAUGCGACGGCGUGCGAGUCGACGCUUGCCCCGGGAGACGACGGCUUCGACUUCGAGACCAGCCUGCGUGACGUGGUGAGCAAGAUGGAUCGCGUGGACAUCAAGCGCAGGGAGCUUGGUGUACUGUUUGACAAUCUUCGUGUUAUUGGGCUUGGUUCUUCGGCAGCACGACAACCUACAUUAGGGUCGACUCUGAAUCCGCUCAGUUGGCUCGGAGCCAUCCAAAACAUUCGACGUCCUGCUACUCGGGAAAUUCUGAGCGGCUUCGAGGGUGUUGUGGCGCCAGGCGAGAUGCUACUCGUUCUCGGGCGCCCUGGUGCGGGAUGCAGCACACUGCUACGCACUCUCGCAAAUCAGCGCUCAGACUAUCAUGCCGUCCUCGGUGACGUUCACUACGACUCGCUCUUUCCAGAGGACAUCGACAGGCACUGUCGCGGGGACGUGCAAUACUGCCCGGAAGAGGACCUGCAUUUCCCCACUCUGACAGUCGAGCAGACCCUCGCAUUCGCGUCGCUCACACGCACGCCUCACGCACGGCUCGACUCGAUGACUCGCGAAAAGCAUGUCAAGGUGAUGACUGACGUCCUCAAGUCUGUCUUCGGCCUCCGACACGUGCGAGACACACUCGUGGGCGACGCCUCCAUCCGAGGAGUUUCCGGUGGCGAGAAGAAGCGGGUUUCGAUCAGCGAAACGCUCGCAACGCGGAGUCUCCUGACGUGUUGGGACAACUCCACGCGUGGCCUUGACUCUUCGACUGCGCUGGAGUUCGUGCGCGCACUCCGCACUGUCACCGAUGCCACGCAGGUUUCUACCAUUGUUUCUAUUUACCAGGUCGGCGAGCCGCUCUACGAGCUGUUUGACAAGGUCUGUGUGAUAUACGAAGGCAAGAUGGCUUAUUUUGGUCCCGCCAAUCGCGCGCGGCAGUACUUCAUCGAUAUGGGAUAUGCUCCCGCGAAUAGGCAGACGACUGCUGACUUCCUCGUAGCCGUCACCGAUCCGAACGGCCGCAUUAUUCGCCCUGACUGCUCUUCGCUCGUGCCACGAACAGCGCGGGAGUUUUCCGACUAUUUCAGGGCAUCCGAGACUUCGCAGCUGAACAGGGAAGACAUGGACAAGUAUCGCAGACUGUAUGUCGGGAACCCCGAGCGCGCACAGGCAUACAUGGAGAGUGUGCGGACUGAGCGUGGAGAGCGUACGGGUGCAGGUGGCCCUUACUUGCUCUCGAUACCGAUGCAGGUUCGCGCGCUCAUGACGCGGAGGGUGCAGAUUCUUCGAGGAGCUAUGACUGCUUUGAUCAUUGAGCUAGCUUCGUUCAUCAUCCUCGCAAUGAUUGUCGGAACGAUCUACCUGCGCCUCAAGCCGAAUACUGGUACAUUCUUCUCGCGCGCCAGUGUAAUAUUCUUCGCCUACGUAUGGUCCGGACUGUCUACGAUGGCUGAGAUCCCAGCGCUCUUUGCACAGCGGCCGAUUAUCCUGAGGCAAUACAAGGCGGCUAUGUACCACCCUUUUGUCGAAGCCCUCGCCCUCACACUCGUUGACGUCCCAAUCACGCUGAUGACGAUGAUGGUCUUUUCUGUCAUUCUCUAUUUCUUGGCGGGCUUACAGGACUCGGCACAGCAGUUCUUCAUUUUCAUGCUCUUUGUAUGCGUCAUGACAAUCACGCUGAAGGCAUUCUUCCGCGCUAUCACUGCUGCGUUCACGGAUCCGGCUGCGGCGACUGCAGCUGCAGGCGUGGCCAUGCUUUUUCUGGUCCUCUACACGGGCUAUCCCAUACCUGUGCCAUCCAUGAUCCGUGCGCUAUCUUGGAUCACCUAUAUCAAUCCGCUCAAAUACGGGUUCGAAGCAUUGGUGGUCAACGAGUUCUCCACGCUGAAUGCGAGUUGCGACACCCUGAUCCCAUCUGGCCCAGGUUACGAAAGUGUUUCUUUGUCGAACCAAGGUUGUGCGAUCGUGGGGUCCUCUCCGGGUGAGGCCACUGUUUCCGGCAUGGCUUACGUGAGGGAUUCGUACGGAUUCGCCUACAGUCAUCUGUGGCCUAACUUCGGCAUACUCUGCGCAUUUUGCCUCGCCUUUAUUGGCAGCCUCGUCCUAUUUACCGAGCUGAACACAGGUUCCGUUGGGGAGACAUCCUCUGUGCUCUACAAGUAUGGCGCAACGGUCGAAGACACAUCUCGCUCUGCGGCUGGGAAUGACAUCGAGAAGGUCAGAUCGGAGGACGUUCUCAUCCCUCCUUCAGACGUGGGAAACGCCUCCGAGAAGACACGGGCCUAUACAGAACUCAACCCCAUAAAGGGCAACGUCUUCUCAUGGCAGCACCUCUGCUAUUCCGUGCCAGUCUCCGGAGGACUUUACCGGCAGCUUCUCGACGAUGUCUCCGGAUAUGUUGCUCCCGGAAAGUUAACGGCCCUGAUGGGCGAGUCGGGCGCCGGGAAGACAACGCUGCUCAAUGCUCUCGCGGAGCGCAUGGGAGAGGGAAUCGUUUCUGGGGAGCGCUUCAUGAACGGACUUGCGCUUCCACCCAAUUUCCAGGCCCAGACUGGAUACUGUCAGCAGAUGGACACACAUGUUGCAUCCACCACCGUCCGUGAGGCUCUACUCUUCUCUGCGAAGUUACGGCAGCCCCAGUCGGUGCCACUAGCGGAGAAAGAGGCCUACGUUGACAAAUGCUUGCAAAUGUGUGGUCUCGAGGCGUAUGCUGAUGCAAUCGUUGGCACCCUUGGCGGUGAGCAACGGAAGCGGACAACAGUUGGCGUGGAAUUGGUCGCAAAGCCAUCGCUGAUCUUCCUCGACGAGCCUACCUCGGGUUUGGAUUCGCAAAGUGCGUGGGCAAUAGUCAGCUUUCUGCGGAAACUCGCCGACAGCGGGCAGUCGAUCGUGUGCACAAUACAUCAACCAUCUGCCGAACUAUUCGAGGUUUUCGACAAACUACUGCUUUUGCGCAAGGGAGGGCAAACCGUCUAUUUUGGAGAUCUAGGCCCGAAGUCAUCCAAUGUGAUUGGCUACUUCGAGACCAACGGCGCGCGACAGUGUGAAGACAUCGAGAACCCUGCGGAAUACAUCCUCGAUGUGGUCGGCGCUGGUGCGACUGUGACAUCUAGCAUCGACUGGAAUUUUAUAUGGAAGAAGUCUAAGGAGGCCGACGAGCUUCAACAUGAGCUCGAGGUUCUCCGCGUGGCUGGGAAUAACCGUGCACCGAACAAGGCUGUUCCCGAGGCACAAUUCGCGACGUCGUGGUGGUAUCAGUUGAAGACUCUGUUCCAAAGGGAUGCCCGCAGUCUAUGGAGAGAUCCUACUUAUCUCAUUGCUAAGAUGGCGGUCAACGUCUGCUGUGCUCUCGUCAUCGGCUUCACAUAUUUUAAGACCAAGAGCACGAUCCAGGGAACUCAGAACAAGCUAUUUUCGAUCUACAUCUCGACAUUCCUCGCAGCUCCGCUAGUCGAGCAGCUGCAAGUGCCCUUCCUUGACAUGCGCAAAAUUUACGAAAUCCGCGAGCGCCACAGCCGCAUGUAUAAAUGGUCCGCACUGCUAACGUCGCAGCUGCUAGUGGAAAUACCGUGGAACGUCUUGGGUUCUUCCUUAUUCUUAGUGUGUUGGUAUUGGACUGCGGGCUUCCCAAACGACCGCGCGGGAUACACCUAUUUAUUAUUUGGAGUGAUUUACCCAGUCUACUAUACAUCAUUCGGACAGGCCACGGCAGCGAUGGCUCCUAAUGCUGAGAUAGCUGCCCUAAUUUUCAAUGCACUCUUUGCAAUUAUUAUUGUCUUCGACGGUGUCCUCCAGCCCUUCCGAGAGUUAGGCAAAUGGACGUGGAUGAAUCGGAUAUCGCCUUCUACAUACUUCGUGGAAGGUUUCCUGGGACAAGCCGUCGGUAGGACGGAGAUCCAUUGCUCGACUGUGGAGUUUGUCAAAAUCCAUCCACCAUUUGGCCAGUCAUGCAUGGAAUACCUCGGAUCGUACAUCUCACUCAACGGGGGCUACCUCACGAAUCCAAAUGCGACCAGCCUAUGCAAUUACUGUCAGUUUCGUACCACAGACGAGUUCCUGCGGAGUCGCAACAUCUUCUUCUCCAACCACUGGCCAAGUCUGGGCGUCUUCUGUGGCUUCACACUCUUUAAUAUCAUCUGCAUUUAUAUCUUGACUUACUUUUGUCGAAUACGCACAGGUUCCAUCUCGGAGGGGUGGAGUUUGCGUUUGAUCUCUCGGUGGAAGGACCUAGCAAAGAACCGGUUGUAUAGUUGA